AUGGGAAAGAGGAGGGAGGAGGAACAGCAACAUGGAGGAACAGCAACAUGGAGGAACAGCAACGAGGAACAGCAACGAGGAACAGCAACGUGUAACAGCAACGAGGAACAGCAACGUGGAACAGCAACAUGGAACAGCAACGAGGAACAGCAACGUGGAACAGCAACAUGGAACAGCAACGAGGAACAGCAACGAGGAACAGCAACAUGGAACAGCAACGAGGAACAGCAACAUGAAACAGCAACGAGGAACAGCAACGUGGAACAGCAGCGAGGAACAGCAACGUGUAACAGCAACGAGGAACAGCAACGAUGAACAGCCACGAGGAACAGCAGCAUGGAACAGCCACGAGGAACAGCAGCAUGGAACAGCAAUGAGGAACAGCAACGUGGAACAGCAACGAGGAACAGCAACGAGGAACAGCAACGUGGAACAGCAACAUGGAACAGCAACAUGGAACAGCAACGAGGAACAGCAACGAGGAACAGCAGCGAGGAACAGCAACGAGGAACAGCAACGAUGAACAGCCACGAGGAACAGCAGCAUGGAACAGCAAUGAGGAACAGCAAUGUGGAACAGCAACGAGGAACAGCAACGAGGAACAGCAACGUGGAACAGCAACGUGGAACAGCAGCGAGGAACAGCAACGUGGAACAGCAACGAGGAACAGCAACGUGGAACAGCAACGAGGAACAGCAACGAUGAACAGCCACGAGGAACAGCAGCAUGGAACAGCAACGUGGAACAGCAACGAGGAACAGCAACGAGGAACAGCAGCGAGGAACAGCAGUGAGGAACAGCACCGAGGAACAGCAGCGAGGAACAGCAAUGAGGAACAGCAACGAGGAACAGCAACGUGUUUCAUCAUGUUUCAGCCCGAGGAGGUUCACCACAUGUCCACAUGUCCACAUGUCCAUGAGGACAUAUGUCCACAUGUCCUCUCCAGAUGUUUGA